CGCUUUGAGCAAUCUUUACCAUCAAGCACCCAAACUCCUACAUUCUGCAAGAUGCCCAGCUCCGAGAAGCUGGCUCUGCUGCCUCCGUUCAGUGCAGCUGCCACCCAGGCUGCCGUUGAAGCUUCAACCAACCUCUACCCAUCUGACUACAUCAUCAACGUUCUUCUCGAGAUCAGCGGAUACUUGGUGUCCCUCGAUGAGCAGACCACUCUCUUCGGUCGUGCCAACAAUGACCCCUACAGUCCCAGUCUGGACACGCUUUACUCUCGCCUUCAUGACGGCCACCUUACCCCAAGCCCCAUGCAGUCCCACGCCAACGAAGAUGCACGCAUCAAGGCUACUCUCGGCCAACGCACCACCGUCGAUGCCACCCACCGCCCACUGGAAGAUUUCGAAGAUCUGUACUAUGCCGUCCUCGCACGCAUGCAAGAUAUCCACCAGAUCUUGAACGCCCGUCUCGGCAGCGCCUUCAGCACCUUCACUGACCACAUCCACCUGGAUGGCCCAAGCAUCGCCGACCUGUACGUCAGCCUUGCGCAGUACUGGGACGCACUCAACGAGGCUGCAUUCGUCAAGGCCAUCGACUGUGCUGUCCGUCGCCUGCGCGUCGGAUAUCUGCACCAGGAGAUCAUUACCCAAGUUCGCAAAGACGAGAUCACACGCACUGACGCCGAGGAGCUUCUCAACGAUCUUCACGACCCGGCUGAGUACGAUAACAUCCAGGGCUUGGCCUGGGUCAGCGGAUGGGCGCCAUGCAUGGUCGCUGCAUGGCUGGAGGAGAAGUAUCGCAUCAUGUUGAAGGUCGAGAAGGAAGACGCAGAGAAGAACCGGGAGGAUAGCGAGCUUGCGAAGACAGAGAAGAUGAUCCCCGAGCCCAAGUAUGAGAUGAAGCCCAAGAAGGAAGUCAAGAAGACCAUCGAAGACACACACAUGGCCGGCGGCAGGGUCAUGAUGGCCGAGACGGUCUACCAGCGAUCACAGGAGCAGUUGAGGAGGGAGCAGAUUCAGCAGCAGCAACAGAUGCAGUACGCUCGUGAGUGGCAGGUCAAAGCUCAGCGUGUCUCCGAGUACACUCGCUACCUGAGGAGCAUUGCUAGUCGCGACGUCCGACACAUCGUGGAGAGCACCGUCAACAACCAGGCUAUGCGCAUGAACGGUUUUGGUGGCCCAGUCCAGCACAUGGGUAACGAGGAUGUGGAGAUGAUGGGCGGUUACUUGUGAGGGACUUGUGAAACCUUCUCCGUACGAAGGAUGGAUGGACAACUUGCGAACACGAAAUACACGAC